AUGACCACCACUUGCCUCCACCACCCACCCACCCAUCACCACCACCCACUUCCACCGCACAUCACCACCACCUGCUACAACCACCUCACCCACCACCCACUAAGAGCACCACCACCUACCAUCAUCACCACCGACCACGACCCAUCACUACUACCCACCUCCACCACACGUUACCACCAUUUCACCGUUCACCCACCAAAACAACCAUACAUCACCACCACCCACCCACUACCACCCGUCUCCACCACCCACCCACUACCACCCGUCUCCACCACCCACCCACUACAACCUGUCUCCACCACCCAUCACCACCACCCACCACCCACUAUAAUCACCACCCCUACCACCACCCAUCACCCUACAUGCCUCCCCCACCACCCUUCACCACCACCACCACCACCUACCACCUACCACCACCAAACAUCACUACAUACUACCGCCAAUACCACCCACCACCACCACUACCCACCAGCUACUACACCCACCAAAUACCAUCAUCACUUAUCACCUAUCACCACCCACUAA